AUUGUAGCUUAGCAACUUUACGGCUGAACAAAUGUUUUUGUAAUAAUGGAUAAUAUUCUAAUUGUUUUAGUGGUUGCUGUAUUUGCGGGGUUACUCCAUGGUCUAGAUGGACACGCGCUGAAACAACCGUUGCAAGGGAGCCCAAAUAGAGGGGGCCAUGUCCCCAGGAUCAUGGGCGGUCAGAACGCGAAAGAGGGCCAGUUCCCAUUCGUGACGGCGGUCACCAUAGACGACAGCUUCUACUGCACCAGCUCGCUGCUGUCUCACAACUGGAUAGUGACCGCCGCCCACUGCACGGAGGAUGUCAGCACGUACGGCUUGAAGCUGGGGAUCACGAACUUCAACGGACACGAGGACGGCGUGGUGACCACGACGUCGAGGAAAAUUGUCAGGAAUCCCCACUACAACACCGUCAACUCCAGCUUCGACAUAGCCUUGAUAAUGCUGGCCUCUCCCGUGACAUACACCUCCAAGAUACAGCCGGUGAAACUUCCCAGUCGCAGCAUGGUGAGCAAUUCUUUAGCCGGGACAGCUGUUAGAGACAUCGGCUGGGGUUACAGCAACGCCUAUCCUAACGACGUGAGUCCAAUUCUCAACUACGUGGACAUAAAAGUGCUUAGCAAUGAAGAAUGCAACAAGUUUUACCCGGGAACAAUGGAUUCAUCUCUCCUAUGUGCUUAUGCGAAGGGGGAUAAAGGCUCUUGCUACGGUGACAGCGGCGGUCCUCUCGUGAUGGACUACACCUCGUCGCCCGUGCUGGUCGGCAUGACGGACUUCGGGCCGGAGAAGUGCACGGACGGACUGCCCACCGGCUUCGCCCGGAUCACCCACCACCUGGACUGGAUCCACUCCACCACGGGCAUCGCCAUCCACAACUGAGGCACACACGGCAACAACACCAGCUUCGCCCGGAUCACCCACCACCUGGACUGGAUCCACUCCACCACGGGCAUCGCCAUCCACAACUGAGGCACACACGGCAACAACACCAGCUUCGCCCGGAUCACCCACCACCUGGACUGGAUCCACUCCACCACGGGCAUCGCCUUCCACAACUGAGGCACACACGGCAACAACACCAGCUUCACCCGGAUCACUCACCACCUGGACUGGAUCCACUCCACCACGGGCAUCGCCAUCCACAGCUGAGGCACUCACGGCAACAACACCAGCUUCACCCGGAUCACCCACCACCUGGACUGGAUCCACUUCACCACGAGCAUCGCCAUCCACAACUGAGGCACACACGGCAACAACACCAGCUUCACCCGGAUCACUCACCACCUGGACUGGAUCCACUCCACCACGGGAAUCGCCAUCCACAACUGAGGCACACACGGCAACAACACCAGCUUCGCCCGGAUCACCCACCACCUGGACUGGAUCCACUCCACCACGGGAAUCGCCAUCCACAACUGAGGCACACACGGCAACAACACCAGCUUCACCCGGAUCACUCACCACCUGGACUGGAUCCACUCCACCACGGGAAUCGCCAUCCACAGCUGAGGCACACACGGCAACAACACCAGCUUCGCCCGGAUCACUCACCACCUGGACUGGAUCCACUCCACCACGGGAAUCGCCAUCCACAACUGAGGCACACACGGCAACAACACCAGCUUCGCCCGGAUCACUCACCACCUGGACUGGAUCCACUCCACCACGGGAAUCGCCAUCCACAACUGAGGCACACACGGCAACAACACCAGCUUCGCCCGGAUCACCCACCACCUGGACUGGAUCCACACCACCACGGGAAUCGCCAUCCACAGCUGAGGCACUCUCGGCAACAACACCAGCUUCGCCCGGAUCACCCACCACCUGGACUGGAUCCACUUCACCAAGGGCAUCGCCAUCCACAGCUGAGGCACACACGGCAACAACACCAGCUUCACCCGGAUCACCCACCACCUGGACUGGAUCCACUCCACCACGGGCAUCGCCAUCCACAGCUGAGGCACACACGGCAACAACACCAGCUUCACCCGGAUCACCCACCACCUGGACUGGAUCCACUCCACCACGGGCAUCGCCAUCCACAGCUGAGGCACACACGGCAACAACACCAGCUUCACCCGGAUCACCCACCACCUGGACUGGAUCCACUCCACCACGGGCAUCGCCAUCCACAGCUGAGGCACACACGGCAACAACACCAGCUUCACCCGGAUCACCCACCACCUGGACUGGAUCCACUCCACCACGGGCAUCGCCAUCCACAGCUGAGGCACACACGGCAACAACACCAGCUUCGCCCGGAUCACUCACCACCUGGACUGGAUCCACUCCACCACGGGCAUCGCCAUCCACAGCUGAGGCACACACGGCAACAACACCAGCUUUGACUGGUGUUUAGUUUUGGGGACAAUAAAACCUUUGCCAUAAAUUAGACCACGUGUGAAAUAAUGUACAUAUACUUAUCAAAGAAAACAUAAUACAUAAAUAAUAAAAUAUAUGCAGAGAACUUUAGAAUUCCAUUGUAUCUCCUCCAAUCUUUCUUUGCCACAAUUUUUUCUGAGUGAUGACGCAGCGAAUACACAACUAGUUCUGCUGGAAACUAGAUUGGUGUCCUUGCGUGACCACCUUGUGCAGCAACGGAGCCAUGAAUGCAGUCAUGGCAAUAACACUUAUUCGAUAACUAGGCAGGCUACAGGCGAUUGGGUAACCAAUUUUUUCCUUGUAUACAAGUGUUUAAGGGUUAUUAAAGGAUUGUCAAUAGCA